AUUACGCAACACACAAACAACAAAAAAACUAAAAGAGAUUCUUUCUCUAUUCUCUCUCCUUUCUUCUCCAACAAACAACCACCACCGCCGAGAAUAAAGCUCGAAUCUUUCUCGCUCCAAAAUUCUCAUUUCAAUUCCCAACUCUCACUUCAAUCACCUCCAGCUCCCGCGCUCUCUAUCUACAUUCUCAAUUCCAUGGAAACCAAAAAGCUUCAGCGCCGUUUCUCACUCGGCAGACAGUCCUCCAUGGCGCCGGACCGCUCCUCCGGAGGCGGCGGCGAUGACUUCUGCUCCGAGGCAGUUGACGAAUCCGUGCGGCUGAUGUACCUGGCCAACGAAGGUGACUUGGAAGGGAUUAAGGAGCUGUUAGAUUUCGGCAGUGACGUCAACUUCAGGGACAUUGACGGCCGCACCGCCCUCCACGUCGCCGCCUGCCAGCGCCGCACCGACGUCGUUGACUUGUUGCUACAAAAUGGCGCUGAGGUUGACCCCAGGGACCGCUGGGGCAGCACGCCUUUAGCUGAUGCAAUGUACUAUAAAAAUCAUGAUGUUGUAAAGCUUUUGGAGAAACAUGGUGCAAAACCCCCGGUUGCUCCUAUGCAUGUCCAAAAUGCUCGUGAAGUCCCCGAAUAUGAGAUUGAUCCUAAAGAACUCGAUUUUACAAAUAGUGUUGGGAUAACCAAGGGAACUUUCCGUAUUGCAUUGUGGCGUGGAAUUAAGGUUGCUGUCAAAACUCUUGAGGAGGAAGUGUUCACUGAUGAUGAUAAAGUGAAGGCAUUUCACGAUGAGCUUGCGUUACUUCAGAAAGUUCGGCAUCCAAAUGUAGUUCAGUUUUUAGGUGCUGUAACACAAAGCACCCCGAUGAUAAUUGUCACAGAAUAUUUGCCACAGGGAGAUCUUCGCACUUACUUGAAGCGGAAAGGUGCAUUAAAACCAGGAACAGCUGUAAAAUUUGCACUUGAUAUAGCUAGGGGAAUGAAUUAUUUGCAUGAACAUAAACCAGAAGCCAUUAUACACCGAGAUCUUGAACCUCCAAAUAUUCUUCGGGAUGAUUCUGGGCAUCUGAAAGUUGCUGACUUUGGAGUCAGCAAGUUGCUGAAAUUUGCAAAAUCAGUCAAAGAAGACAAACCAGUGACAAGCCAGGAUACGUCAUGGCGCUAUGUUGCUCCAGAGGUUUACAAGAAUGAGGAAUAUGACACUAAAGUAGAUGUGUUUUCAUUUGCUCUAAUACUACAGGAGAUGAUUGAAGGUUAUCCACCAUUUUAUGCAAAGUCAGAAAAUGAAGUUCCUAAAGCAUAUGUUGAAAAUGAACGUCCGCCAUUUAAAGCUUCACCCCAGCUUUAUGCUUAUGGACUUAGGCAGUUAAUAGAGGAAUGUUGGGAUGAAAAACCUUACAGAAGACCAACAUUUAGCCAAAUAAUUGGGAGAUUAGAAGACAUCAACUACCAUCAUGAUCAAAAGAAGCGUUGGAAGGUUCAGACUCCUACAUGCAUUCAGCGUCUGGAGGCCCUGUUUAGAGGAUAUCGCACAAGCCCGAAUAGCCGAUCAUCUCGCUCUACGCCAAGAUAAUUAACUGCAGGAAUUUUGAUUUUACACUUUGAAUCUGGUUUACCAUACGUAUACACUACAUGCAUCCAUAUAUAGCUUUUUGUAUAUACUUCAUACUUGUACUCCUAGUUUUAAAUUUGACAUUUUGGCUUCAUGCUUGGGCCAGUUGGCAGCUUUUAUACCGACCCUUUUGUCAAUUCUGGUUACAUUUAUAGUUAAGCAUGAGUUUUGACAUGUUACAUGGAUCUGCAUAAAUUAAAGUGUUUGUGGA